AUGAAGGGCUCAGCAUCCCCACGAAGAUCCAAGAGCCUGUCCUCACACCACCCAACCACCACCAACAGCCUGCCCUUCUCACUCCACCACCACCAGCCACCCCCACAGUCCAUCCAGUCACUCGACCUACCACCCAUCUCACUCCCCUCCCUCUACUCAACCCUCAACAACCAUCUCAAGCUAGUCCAACACCAAGACUACGACUACCUCCGACUGCUCUCCUUACUCGUCAAGCACGAAGACAGCCCCACUCUGGACUCAUUUCCUGGCAGCCAGGACGACCAGCAGGCUAUCGACCAGCGAUUCCCACUCGACGUCUUCUCCUCCUCCGCCCCAGAAAACACCACGCUCCCCAGCCUGACCACAUUCGUUCACCAAGUCACCCAUUACAUCCACCAGCUCAAGCUCGACCUCUUCUCGACCCACCAGAUCAUCUUCAACUCCCCCGACUCGCCCUGUCCAUCCCCCACAGCCACAGCCAGCCGACCGAACAUCUGCGCCUCCCUGGCCGAGCUCAGCCUCAAGCAGCCCCUCGACCGUCUGGCGGGCUGCCUGCCAUCGAUGCUCCCCGACCCCAACCAGCUCGUCGACCGGCUCACGCUCCACUCCCAGAAGCUGGACGAGCUGCUCUCCCAGCUCUCCUUCCUGGCCCACUAUCCCGCCCGCCUGCCCUGCCUGCCCCCGAUCCUCCUGCCCGACGCUCUGCUCCUCAAGUCGGGCCACCAGCGCGCACUCUCCUUCAACCAGAUCACCCCCGAGAUCCUCAAGGCCUUCCCCAGCCCACACAGUCUCAGACAGUACUUCGCCGACGAGUCCGACCGUCUCGCCUCGGUCCUCCCCGCCAUCCCCUCCGGCCUCUCCGAGUCCCUCGGCCAGACCUCCAGCCAGAUCAGCUCCGCCCUCCGCGCAUGCAAGCAGGAGGCCCAGGCGGUGCUCCACGACGGCGAGCUGUUCAUUCGCGAGGAGGGCGAGAAACUCAAGGGAUGGGUCGACUCGGAAACCGAGAAACUCAGACUCGCGCUCCAGAUGGGCGCGAGCCGCUUGCUCACCUACCACGAGCUCCCCGACGAGUGGAAGAAUAACCAGUUCAUCGUCAAGGGCUACCGCUUCAUCCCGCUCGACAGAUGGCACCAUCUCUUACUCAGCGGCGUCCAAUGGCACAACGAGACCAUCAACAUCCACACCCACUUCUUCGGCACACUGUCGCUCUUCUACCUCUUAUUCUUCCUCUGGCCCACCACCCCACACACGGCCCCCGACAGCUCGACGCUGACGGACCGGGUGAUCAGUCUGAUCUUCCUCGUCUGCGCCAUCAAGUGCUUGAUCUGCUCCACCGCCUGGCACCUCUUCUCCGGCUGCGGCACCCUUGGCCCGUUCCGAAGACUCGCUUGUGUCGAUUAUGUCGGCAUUUCGGGUCUGAUUGCUGCCUCAGUGAUGAGCAUGGAAUAUUAUGGAUUUUACUGCAGGCCGGAGCUGGCAGCCUUGUACAUGUCCUUCACCGUCGCCAUGGGUAUCAUCGGGAUGAUCCUGCCCUUCCAGCCCUUCUUCGAUCGCCCGGAGAGCAAGGGGAUCCGGAUCGUCUUCUUCGUCUCCAUGGCUGGCUCGGCAUUGAUCCCGCAAGCACACAUGGCGUACCUUUACGGCCUGCGCGAGACCUUUAACUUUUAUUCUCCGGCAUUACCGUCGGUGUUCUCGUACCUAGCCGGCCUGUUUUUCUACGCGACCAACUGGCCCGAACGGAUCCGGCCGGGCUGGGUGUUCGACACCCUGUUCCACUCGCACCAGUUCUGGCACGUGGCCAUCGUCGCCGCCAUCUGGCUGCACUGGCGCGCCAUCGGCAUCAUCCACGACUCCGGCCGCCACGCCUUCUCCUGCGCCCUCCCGCCCCCCUCCAACCCCUUCGCCUCGUUCAACUACCCGCCCGUCUCCUCUUGGCCCUCCGUGCUCUCUGGUUGGCUCUUUUGA